AUGAAAUUACCACGAUCUGGAUCAUUAAUUACAAUAACUUCAAAUAAGUCAGAGAAAAAACAUGGCCAUUUGAAGACAAUGUUGGCAAUCAAAUUUUUUAUAUAUAAUCCAGAAUAUUCUAUUCCAAUUACUUAUCGUUUACAAUUAUCAUUAUUUAAAAAUAUGAAUUGGAAUAAAUUAAUACAAAAAUUACAUGAAAUAACCCAUAAUCAAUUUUCUGGUUUCAUAUUAACUUGGGAUGAUGGAUUUCACAAUUGUAUCAUUACAGAUGUAAAAGAUAUUAUCAAAGCUAUAGAAUAUAUGCAAAUGAAUAGUUUGCCAAAAUCAUUACCAAAUCAAAAUGUAUCUACAACUAAUUCAUCUAAAAAAUCAAGGGAAUAUAGUGAAUUAAUAUUCUUGUUCUUUUUCAGCAUGUGUACAUUUUCUGUUCAAUGUUCAGCAUCAAAAAAAUAUCCAAGACAAUUGAUUAUUGUGGUUUAG